AUGGUGGAGAAGCGCUGCCCGCUGCAGAGGGACGGCGUGUACCGCUGGUUCUCGGAGCUGCCGUCGCCGCAGCGCGUGGAGUUCCUGUGCGGCCUGCUGGACCUGUGCAUCCCGCUGGAGCUGCGCUUCCUGGGCUCGUGCCUCGAGGACCUGGCGCGCAAGGACUACCACUCGCUGCGCGACUCGGAGAUCAAGGCCAACAACCCGGCCGACCUGGGCGGCCUGACCAACCUCACGGACGAGGUGGUGCGCAGCAAGCUGCUGGUGUCGCUGGCGCUGCUGGGCUCGGAGCAGCGCGAGGCGGCGGGCGUGCUCUACCGCACGCUCACGCACAUCGACUCGGUCAUCCACAACUACGGGCUGCAGCUCAACGAGGGCCGCACGGGGGAUGAGUUCCUGCUGCUCUUCACCAUGGCCUCCAACCACCCGGCCUUCAGCUUCCACCAGAAGCAGGUGCUGCGCCAGGAGCUCACGCAGAUCCAGAGCAGCCUCGGCGGGGGCAAGGGCGCGCCCGGGCCCACCUGCCCGGCCUGCCACAAGGUCACGCCGAGGACCGAGACCCCCCUCAGCAGCGUCAGGAACAGCCUAGAAAACGCACUGCAGACGUCCGCACAUUCCACGGAGCCUCCGCUCCCCAAGAGGCCUUUAGGAAAGCAUGCCAAAGUGAGUGUUGAAAAGAUAGACCUGAAGGGAUUAUCACACACAAACAGUGAGAGACACGGUGAAUGUUCCUUUGAGGUCCUGUGGUCCGACUCUUCAGUCACGUCAGUGGCCAGGUCUUCCUCUGAAGUGGCUGACUUUAUCUCAAAGCUCUCACAGCUGCACCCCGAGGAAAACCUGGAGAAAUUCAUUCCCUGCUUCCCUGGCCCGGACGGGUUUUAUGUUGAGCGAAGCCACUUGGACCUGGAAGCAGACCUGAGGUACCUGGCUGCGUUACCGUCUCACGUAUUGAAAAAUGACCAUGUCAAGAAGUUUUUCAGCACCUCCUCUCCAGCCCAGCCGCUCCCCAGUCCCGGUCCUGCCACCCCCUCCCUCGCUAAAGUGGGCUCCCUGGUGGCCGUGGCCGGAAGGCCUGUGUGUGGCGUGGCCGGCAUCCCGUCGCCCCAGGGCAGCACCCAGCACCACGUGCAGCACUCGGCCAGCGUGGCCACCACCCUGCCCCACUGUGCCCACCCCACGGGUGCUGGCUCCGCGCUGACCUUCCGUGCCCAGAUGGACGCUGCGCCUGCGGUCCUGAUGUCUUCCGGCCUGCAGAGCCCCCAGACCCCGGAGCAGAGUGGGAUCCUGGACUGGCUCCGGAAGCUGCGCCUGCACAAGUACUAUCCCGUCUUCAAACAGCUCACCAUGGAGAAGUUCCUGAGCCUCACAGAGGAGGACCUCAACAAGUUCGAGUCCCUCACCAUGGGCGCCAAGAAGAAACUCAAGACGCAGCUGGAGCUGGAAAAGGAGAAGUCGGAGAAGCGGUGUCUGAACCCCUCAGUGCCCCCCUCGGUCACAAGCAGUGGUAUAGCACGUGUGCCCCCUACCAGCCACGUCGGGCCCCUGCAGUCUGUGCGUGGCAACCACACUGCAGAGCUGCGGGUGGAGGUGGAGCCAGCCGCCCACCAGGGCGCCCGGGAAGGCAGCUCCUCAGAGUCCUCCAGCUCCUCGUCCAGCCCGAUGGGCGUGCAGGCCCGCGAGGAGAGCUCGGACAGCGGCGCCGAGGAGAGCGACCGGCGUGCCGAAGCCCACCCGGAGGGCACCCUGGAGAAGGAGAAGCCGGUGCUGCUGCUGAACCACUUCCCCUCGGGUGCGGCCCGCCCCACUGCCCAGGUGCUGCCAGUGCAGAAUGAGGUGGCGGGCUCCAGCGCUUCCGGCCUCCACGGUCUGCCGCCACCCAUGCUGCCCGCAGCCUCCCACCUGGCGCCCAUGCGGCUGCUCAGUUCCGUGCACAAGGCCGAGCGCAGCGCCACGGCCGACGGGAAGCUGCUCUCCACCUCUGCCCACUCGCUCCUGUCCCCGGAGGAAAGGGGCAAGGUGUCCGGACCACGUGGGGGUAUCAAGGUGGACAAGGGUUUCGGGAGUACCCUGAUGGACGUGCUGCCUGCACCUGCCCCCCACCAGCCUGUGCACGUCAUCGCUGCCGUCCCCGAGGGCAGCUCCCUUUCCCCCACCGUCGCCUUUGGUCCCCGGGCCAAAGUCGUGCACGCCUCUGCGCUGGAGCGGGUGAUGAAGGCAGCCCCGCAGCCUGCCCUGGUGGACACCAGCUCAGCGGCCACAGGGGCCUCGGGCUCCAUCUUCCAGGUGGCCCGGCCGCCCAUCAAACUCCUGGUGUCCUCGUCGGUCCCCGCAGACUCGGCCCUCCCCGGGCAGACUUCUUGUGUGCCCCCUGCGGUCAUCAAGCCCCGGACAGCUCUGUACACAGCCAGCACCAAAGUCGCCUUCCCCGCUGUGAGCAGUGGGCCCCCGGGCCCAGCGCCUGGCAGCUUUUGUGCCAGCGGCAGCACGGCCUCUUCCAGCAGCCACCCAUCCACGUCGUUUGCGAGCAUGGCUGGCCUGACCAGCUGCCCGGCCCCCAGCCCCAGCCCCACGCUCUCCUCAGGCCCGGAGAACAGCUUCUACAGCGGCUCCGCGGGCAGCAUGUCUGCGACCGGGCAGAGCCACCACCACCACCACCACCACCAGCAACAGGCGCCAACCGCCCCCCCGCCCCCCGGCUGCAUGGUCUGCACAUCCUGCGGCUGCAGCGGGAGCUGCGGCUCGAGUGGCCUGGCGGUCAGCUACGCCAACUACUUCCAGCACGCAUUCCCUGGCCCCUCCGUGUUCAGCUUCCCCUUCCUGCCCUUCAGCCCCGUGUGCAGCAGCGGCUAUGUGGGGGCUCAGCAGUACGGCGGGGGAGCCGCCUUCCCUGUUCUCCACUCACCCUAUGGUGGCAGCCUGGCCACGGAGCCAACCUCGUUCCCCGGCCCCCCGGUGCAGAGCUUCAUGGCGGCCUCUGCCGGCGGCUACCAGGCCCAGAGUCUGCUGGGCAACAGCAGUGGCCCGGGCCACAAGAAGAGUGGGAGCCUGUCGUGUUACAACUGUGGGGCCACCGGCCACCGGGCCCAAGACUGCAAGCAGCCGCCCAUGGACUUCAACCGGCCAGGUACUUUUAGGUUGAAAUACGCCCCCCCAGCAGAGAGUCUGGAUCCCACAGACUGACGUUCCCUCUGGCAACAGAACGUGACUGAGCCAUGGAGCCGUGAGGAAAUUAAACACGGAACUGCACAGUCUAGUUGCUGUUGAGCUUAAUGUUUUUCAUCCAAAGGUGCUUUACUGGACUGGGCUGGAUAGGAAAGCUUAGCUUAGGAGUGCCCAAACUCCUCCUUAUUGCCAAAACCUCAGUCUGGAGCUUGUGGCCGGAACUCACCACCUGCGGUCUCCGUGGUGGUGUCCACGUGGCAGUACAGGACCCUCCACCCCCAAGGAGCACAGCCGUGACUGGCCCCCAGGCCGGCACGCCGCUCAGGGCAGCUACGGGUGACCUGACCGAAGCCUGAAGGCAGGCCGCCUCUGAGUGGAGUCUCCAUGGGAGUUCUGGCCGCCUGGUUAGGUAGUGUCCCCUUUGUUGUCACCGACACCGUCCCCCUCAGGUGGUCCGGCACUGAUCUCUGGAAUCCCAAGGAUGGCCCCACAGAAGGAUGUCAGGCGGCGGGGACCCUGUGGCUGGGGAGACGGACCCAUCCGGUCACCACCGGCACCAGCAGGAGACGGGACUUCCCACUCCACCGAGAUGUUGCCAUCUCCUCCCUCCCACUCGGGCAGCAGUUUCAGGCUCCGUUUCGUUUCACUGUUUUCUGCAAAUAAACGUCAACUGCGCUGUUGACGAGAAACCACUGACUCAGCCACGUCGUCUGAGGGCCCAAGCCCCACGGAGUCCCGCCGUCAGGCUCCGAGGAGCCCACCCCACCGCCCGACAGGAGCUGUUGAGCCCUGGGUUCUCUGGGCACACGCCAGCCCGUCCAGAGACCCAGCAGGACUGGCCCCGGGCUGAGGGCCUGGCAGGCACGGCGCAUGUCCUGGCCACGCCUGCAGGCAGCUUCCUCCAGCAGGGACGCGCAGCCCGAGGCCGCCUGCGGGGCGUUUCGCUCCCGACAGUGGACACUCCAGACAGUGGACACUCCAACAGUGGGACAGCCUGUCCCUUCACGAGCGAGGGUCCAGUGUUUCCUGUCAACUCUUGUAUUGGACUGUGUAUUACUAGUUAAUUCCGUUAAAAACAAAAACAACCAGGAGCACUACAGUGGAAAGUACUGAGGCUCUGACAGAGACCACACCAGAGUCCGGUCUCAUGUAUUUCCAGAAGUCUUGUUUCGUGACCGUGGAAAAUCAGUCCUAACCGUGGGCUCCAUCUCAGUGCAUCGAAACGCCGAGAGCUUCUCGGUCUGAAAUCGAGGGACAUGACUCUUCGUGGUUAUUGAAAGGAGUUUUCUGCUAAAAUGGUAUCAUUUGAAAUCCUAAAACCUUCAUGUUAAGAUAUCGACCGAUAAGCUUGUGCCAGAGAUUUCCCAGUGGAAUAGUUAU